AUGUCGACUGAACAAAAAGAUGAAAAAUUUACACUUCAUUUUCUUGAUUGUGAUUGUACAUGUUGUGGUGUUCGUCAGCGUUAUAUUCCUUCAUUAGCAUGUAAUAUUGAUCAUUCACAAUUUCAACAAUUAGUUAAAGAUCUAUCAAAACCACGAUAUGGUUUAGAUUGUAAUUGUCUAUGUGGUACAAAAUCUCCAUCAACAACAACAAAAGAUUCAUGUGCAUGUCCGACAUCUAAUACUACUACAACAACACCUAUUCAAGUUAAUUUUAGUGUAGAUACAGGUGUUAAACAAUUAUCAAAUAUACCAGUAUCUUUACAAAAAUAA